UGUUACAAAAUGUCCGCGAGUUUUGUAGACUGAAAGCUCAUAUGCGUGCGGAGGUUAAAAUCGAGCUCAGUUUCGCCUAUCGGAGCUUUACGGUUGCAUCGGGUUCUCAUGGAUCUAGAGAGCAGACGGAAGAGUUCCGAUAAAAGCUUCGACACGGACGAUGAUUCUGAUUAUGCCAUGAUAAAACGCAUCAAAAUGGAACCCGAAGCUAUGUUGUCGCAGGAAGAUGAUAUAAUGGCUCAACUGCAACAGGAGAGCUCCGAUUUGGAAGUAGAACCUAGCUUUGCCUUAGAAGGCACCGCAAACGGAGACGAUUGCAAUGAGGGUGUUCUAAUGCAACACAUGGACAUACGAGAGCCUCUAUCUACACUGAGAAACUUGUUGGAACAAAGAUUAGGAGUUGAAUUAACAGACUAUUCAUUUUGGUUGCAAGAUGCUCAGAUGUUAGAGAGUCAUAAAAAUUUGGUGGAUCAAUGUGUGCAAGGGGAAGGACUGGUCCAAGUGAAUGUCCAAAUAAAAGCAACACAAAGACGUAUCAACAUAGUGGAUGUUCUGAAGCCUGCAGAAGAUUACAUUGAAUUGGCAGAGAAUAGCACAGCUACACCAGUUAAUGAAGACAGUAAAAGAAAUGUUAUAAGAUGGAUGGUUGAUCCACAAUACAAGAAAGAACAGGAACGUUUAAAAAUCCCCGCCGAUCCGAAGGAAUGGACACAGACCCAUGUAAGACAUUGGCUUCAGUGGGCGGUUAGACAGUUUAAUUUGGCUUCUGUGAGACUAGCUGACUGGAAUAUUACAGGCCAACAGUUGUGUAAUCUUACGCUCGAGGAGUUUCAGACUAAAGUGCCUCUUGAUCCAGGAGAGGUAUUCUGGACUCAUUUAGAAUUGCUUCGGAAAUGUAAAUUCGUUGCUGUCGUGCAGAAAGAUCCACCAGAGUCUCCAACAGAGAAUAACGUAGACAAGUCCAUGAAAGUUCGAAGUCAGAAAGCUACGAAAACAAGACCUGUGGUGAAUCAGCAGGCGCGUGUGGUCACAGUCCCUAUCGACACUAUCGAUACCACGCCGAUUGCGAUAGCAACCUCCAGCCGUUCGGUCAACAGCGGCCAAAUACAAUUGUGGCAAUUUCUAUUAGAGCUGUUGACCGAUCGAGAACACAGAGGAGCUAUUCAGUGGGUGGGAGCCGAGGGGGAGUUCAAGUUAAACCAACCAGAAGCCGUUGCUCAGCUCUGGGGAGCUAGAAAGAAUAAACCUUCUAUGAAUUAUGAAAAACUGAGCAGGGCACUACGUUAUUACUACGACGGGGACAUGAUCUCCAAAGUUCAUGGAAAGAGAUUCGUGUACAAAUUUGUGUGUGAUCUGAAGCAAGUUUUAGGCUAUUCAGCCGCUGAGUUGAGUCGGUUGGUAGAGGAGGGCAGAAGAUAUUUCUGAUCCGAUAUUUUUCUAUUGUUGCUGCGAUCUUUAUCGUACUUCCAGAGUAUUUUGCAUCGACCAUUGUAUAUAUCCAGUGGAAAUUAUACGGUUACUGUUGAGACAAUCGAAUGUACAUCGAAAUAUACAGGUUAAUACAA